AUGAAUCUGGCGAGUUUCUCGUUCUUCUCCGGACCGUGCAGCAUGACCGCGGAGGCGCAGCUCUCUCCGGCCGAGGCUGCGAGUCCCAGCGCCGGAUUGGGCUCUCCGCUAGCCCCGCCCUCCCUCAUCCUCAUGCACGAGGAGCCGGGGGUCAAGCCCGUCAGCCCGGGCGCGGAGGAAGGAGAACCGGACGGUCAGAGAGAGAGCCAGGCUGGUCAGAACGGCCAGCAGCAGACCACAGAGGAGGACCGCGUCUCUCUCGCGCCCACCGCUGGGGGGCGCCGCCGCAAGCGUCCCGUGCAGCGCGGCAAACCUCCGUACUCGUAUAUCGCGCUGAUCGCCAUGGCCAUCGCGCACGCGCCCGAGCGCCGGCUCACGCUGGGCGGCAUCUACCGCUUCAUCACCGAGAGGUUCCCGUUCUACCGCGAGAACUCCAAGAAGUGGCAGAACUCCAUCCGCCACAACCUCACGCUCAACGACUGCUUCGUGAAGAUCCCGCGCGAGCCCGGCAGGCCCGGCAAAGGGAACUACUGGACGCUGGACCCGGCGGCCGAGGACAUGUUCGACAACGGCAGCUUCCUGCGGCGCCGCAAGCGCUUCAAGCGCGCGGACGCGAGCGCGUCGUACGCGGCCACCGCCGCCGCCGCCGCAGCCGCCGCGGCCGCGGCCACGUACCAUCACCCCGUGCACGCGCAUCACCAUCAUCAUCAUUCCGUGCACGCGCAUCACGCGCUGUACCCGAGCUACGGCUCCCAGGUGCUUCAUCACCAUCCUCAUCCUCACACCCAGUAUCAGCCCAGGACGUUCAGCAUAGACGACCUCAUCAGCCAGCAGAUGCCGGAGAUCAACGUGCACGCGCAUCACACGCACUCGCACUGCCUCGGCCUGGGACUCGGUGGCGGGGACUUGAGCGCGAGCGCGGCUGAGCAGCAGAGCGCGAGCUUCCCGCCCCCUCAGAGCGUGAACGCGGUGAGCGUGAGCGCGAGCGCGAGCGCGCCGCUGGCCAGGAGUUCCGCUCCCGGUUUCUCGUACCCGUGCGCGCCGGUGGUCUCCUCCGUGUCGGUGUCGGCGUCGCAGCUCUCGCCGCAGCCGCCCGCCUUCUCUCCGCCACCAGCAGGCGGCGCCGCGGCACAGCUUUACUGCGGCAAGCACGCCGAGCCCGCCGUGACGUCAUACGGAGGCGCGUACGCGCGGCAGGGGAACUACGGCAGCGGGCUCGAGCGGUACAUGUGA